CUUAUCAACACAUCACAUGAAAACAAUACGUUACACGGACUUUAAACCAAACCUUUCAAAUCACUUUUAACCAGUGCUCCACUCAAUCUUCUGCUUUCACCAAAACAACAGCUGCUAGAGAGAGAUCCUUCAAGCUCUCUGAGAAUCAAACUCCAAGAUGGGCAGCUUCUACGAGCAUUACGAGUUCCCAUACGAUUCCAUCCAGGUUAAUCAUCUCUAUGAUCACAACUAUUAUGAUAACAAUCAGCAUCAGCAGUUUGGUCUCAAUCCAAUGAGUUAUAAUUGUUAUGAUAACUGGAAUGGACCUGAGUAUGAGUAUGAAACAACAACCUCUGCAUCUGUUGCUUACUCUGUCUCCACCAUGUCUGAGCCGAAACACUUGUUCUAUGGUCCUAGUUACUACACAACAACAACCUACGAGUCUCCUUCUCAGUUUAGUAUCUAUCGCAAUGUUCAAGGCUUCAACGAGCCGGAGUUCGAGGAGUACGACCCGACGCCGUACGGUGGCGGCUACGAUAUCGUUGCAACAUACGGGAAGCCUCUUCCUCCAUCGGAGAAAACUUGUUACCCUUCUUCAACCGCUGGUCAAGCUUCACCUCCUUCUCCUCCGGAGAUCAUCGCUCCCGUUCCUCUUGGAGUUUAUGAUGGUGGUGAGAAGAAAGAUGUCAAGAAACGCGUGACUUUCUCUGAGCCGUUAGAGGAAGCCAAACCAUUGGAAACCAUUAAAGAAGAAGAAAAUGAUCAUCAAGAAGAAGAAGAAGAAGAAGAGGCAGAGGAAGAAAAAGAUCACAGUUUAAGCAAUGGGACCGUGCAACCUGAAACUGUAGAUAAAGUUGAAGUGAAAGCUCUGUAUGUUCCGUCUGGUUACGGCUUAGAAGCCACUGAUCUCUGCGAGGUUAUAUUCGGAGGCUACUUUCCUUGUGUCUUACGUAACAAAAGACGUCUGGAGGAUGAGAACCGUGCGGCUGAAGUUACUUGCUGGGAUAGCGCGGAUUCUGAUCCGUGGAAGACGACUUCAGACUACCUUUUUGGGGAUUCGUAUCCGUAUGGUUAUGAGGAUGGAGUUGGAAGAAGACAGUUCGAGAUCUCCUCUUAUGGUUAUUACCAGAGGUAUUAACCGGAGUUAUCAUGUGUCAAAGUGAGGUAAGAGCAACAUUGUCUUGAUAAUUGAUGAAGCUGACUUAUUGGAGAAUAUACAUGCUCUUUCUUGUAUGGUUGGCCAAACGUUCUUAUCAAAUAUACUCGCCAUCUCUACCACUAAAGUAUAGUAUAGUUUUGUUGUAAUUUUUAUUAAGUAAAUUAUUAUAAGCAUGGGUGGGCAAAAAAACCGAA